AUGACGGUGAUGUGGAAUAUCCCUCAUCAGGAAUCAGUAUGUGAUGAUGUUCUGGAGUUGCAGUUUUGUGCCAUCCAUGCAAAAUUAAUUCUGUCCUUGCAGGUACUAGUGAAUAUCGGCAGCAACUUCGACUCGGAGCGGAGCACGUUCAUCGCGCCGCGGAAGGGGAUUUACAGCUUUAACUUCCACGUGGUGAAGGUCUACAACCGGCAAACCAUCCAGGUGAGUUUGAUGCUAAAUGGGUGGCCAGUGAUUUCUGCCUUUGCAGGGGACCAGGAUGUGACCCGAGAAGCUGCCAGCAAUGGAGUCCUGAUUCAAAUGGAGAAAGGCGACAGAGCUUAUCUAAAACUGGAGAGGGGAAACUUGAUGGGCGGCUGGAAGUACUCGACUUUCUCUGGAUUUCUAGUGUUCCCCCUUUAAACGACGGAUCCCCCAAGCCAGAGCGCGGGCAGCGAGCCAGAGCAUUUCUUACACCUCCCCCAAUUGUAGCUGGGUGUAAAGAGCCUUGGACAGCAAACUUUGUACGGCCAAAUAGGAAAGAGGCUAAAUCCUGCUUAGGUUUGUGUCCAUCUGCUUUGAAGAAUUUUUUUUUGUUGGCGUGGUUGCAGCCGACAGACAGGAGACGCUGCAAUCGCUCCCACCGCCGUGUCCGCCUCUUUCUCCCCCGCAUUAGUUCAGCUGAACGUGGCCCUCGUGCCCCCGCCACCUCCCCCGGUUCUCCAGGCCGCUUCGACCUUCAGUAUUUGCAUUGUCCCUCACCACGUUUUGUGGGUUUGUUUUUAAAAUAUGUCACUCGCGACUCUUGCUCUGAGUUAAAAAAAAAAAAGCAAAACAAAAAACAAAAAACAACGAAGUAUUUUUUGAAUCUGUGGGUGCCACGAUGAGAGAGAAAAUGCAAAUCUUGCUGUAACCUGGCUGACAAACGUAAACGGAAGAACUAUUCCCAGCCAAGGCUGACUAGAGUACUUAAAUAUUUCUAUGUAAUUCUGAGUGAUUGUGAAAUUUAAGGCUGCUAAAUGUUUUGAUGCUUGUUUUGCUCUUGUACAAUGUGGCCCGACUAAACGCCAGGAAGUAUAUUGAACUUUUACUAUUACUCUGUAAUAUAUGUGUGAAUAUCGGAAAUUAAUUUUUGCUUUAAUUGAAUAAAGUUUAAAUGGGACUUUUAUUUUUUUUAAACAGAAAUAGGGUUUUUCUCAAUGCAGUUAUUGGCCCUUUACCAGGCGUAGGACCAGGUGGGGAAGCUGCAGGAACAACCAGGUGCGCGGGACUGCUGGCCGUCGGGACCGUAGGUGCGGGACAAUGGACGCGGGAAAGCGAGAGCGGCGUGACAUGGCCCCGGUGCAAGUGAGUCCCGCCCUGUUGGAAACACGAGCCAGUCGUCCCCGGCCUGGCGCGGCGCAGCCGGCCCCGGCGAGGCCCCGGCGGAGAUGAACGCGGCUCCCGCUGGCAGCCCUCGCCCCAGGCUUACACCUUCGCCUAGAAAGCAAAGCGCGUCCAUGCAGCCCUCGAGCAGGGCCGGAGUAGCCUGCCCCGCUCGCAGCAGUCGGUUGCGCCAGGGUUAGGGUGUUUACAGCCUUUAUAAGAUGGAAAUGCGGGAAUGGGUCAGCGCUCCAGGACGUGGCGGCUGGUGUUGCUGGAAGGAUGGCGCGCGUGACCAAGCCCAGAGCUCACUAAAGCGGGGGCAGAAACCCCGCCUGGCGGGUCCGCAGGGCAGCUGGGGCACAGCGGCCCGGGCGGAGCGCGGCGUCCUUCUCCGGCCGCUCUCAGCUCGCCCGGCUGCCACGCGGGCAACAUCUUGUGGCUCUUUUAAACCCCAGGUUCCAGGAAGGGAUUUAAUUAGCUCCUAGGGGGAAAAUUACUAGUAGCAUAAUAAGCAAAGCUGCUUCAUUUAUUCACAGUUUUUGUCUCGGUAAUAAUCUGCUAGAAGGGGUGGGGGAACCUCCCCCGAGUGCAGGUAGCACCUGCUCUUUUUCAGGUCGCUUGUUUUUUUGGAGACCUUGAACCCAGCCCAGAGAUGUGUCUUCUUCUUGUAAGGAGGGCAAGCGAGUUCACAGCGGAGGGGGGCUGGCAACAGGAGAUGGGUCAUGAAUUUGCUUUCUGAAUGUCGAUGGUAUGAUGAUAUUCGUGGUCUCUUCUUUUCAAAUAAAACACAUCGAUGACUUGA